CUCUUCCCUUUGUAACUAUCAUUGAUUCAUCGCUUGGCGGAGGUUUUAUCUUCACUUUACCUCUGCCACACCUUUCUGUCACUUUUAAUUUGCUACCGUCAUGACCUAAUUGCGACCUUGAGCGUUGUGUGCACGUGUAGAGAGAGUGCAUGCCACACCUAUAACAAUACCGUCUGUUCACCUAGGUACACGACGUUUGCUCUGUGGUCUUAUUAAUUAACAGUAUACACGGCCAAGCAGCAUCUUGCUGCUGCCAAGCUACGGCCACCAUGGCUGCCGCUACAAUCGAAUUGCCUUAUCUAUCUUCCCACUACUCCAUUGCGGAGUCGACCCUCACCACUUUAACCCAGGCCCCUACCGUCGAGCUAGUGAACCAGCUCCUAGAAGCGAUUACAACGAAGGCUCGAGAAUAUGAUGACCUUAAGUCCGAUAAGCUCCGCCUAGAAGUCGAGCUUGAGAAUGCUGUUCGCAGCAGCGAGUCCAAGGUCAAGGUCUUGAAGAGUUCUGUCGAGAAGGGCCACGCUGAAGUUGAGGAAUCUAGGAAGAAAUUGCACGAAUCGGAAAAUAUUCGAUCCAACCUAGAAUCCGAAAUCGCCGCCUUGAAAUCCUCUUCCACAUCCAAUGAAUCUGAAGUUAGCUCACUGAAAUCUCGCAUUUCCUCUUUAGAAGCUUCUAACAGGGAUACACUCGCACUCCUUGAAUCAAAAUCCGCAGCGUACGAUAAAUUAGCGGAGGAGCUUUCAACCCAACAUAAGAAAACCAUUGAAUUGAGACGUGAACUUUCUACUGCUGAACAGAACCUUCAGGCUGCAAACUCCGCAUCUGCAAGUGCUCGUUUCCGUGAACAGAGUCUCCAACAGGACCUAGAUCUAACCAAGAAGAACAAUGAAUGGUUUGAAACGGAGCUGAAAACGAAGUCUGCUGAGUAUCUCAAGUUUCGCAAGGAAAAGAGCGCUAGGAUUGCAGAGCUUCAACGUGAGUGCGAGGAAACUACUGCAAACGUUGACUCCUUGAGGCGUAGCGAAAAUGCUCUUAAGAGCCGAUUGGAUGAGGUGGAGCAGCGAUAUGAAGAGUCACUGUCGAGCAUCCAACAACUUAAAGAAGAGGCUAUCCAGACUACCGAGUCGUUCAGAAUCGAGUUGGAUAGUGCGAGCAGACUCGCCGAAUUACAAGGAAACGCAGCGGAAACCGCUAAACAGCGAGUGCAGGAAUGUCAAUUGGCUUUGGAAAAAGCGAGGGACGAUGCAGCAGAGGAAAUAUCCCGACUUCGCGUGGAGGUUGAAACGGAACAUGCCGAUAAGGAAGCUGCUGAGCGCCGCGUUGCUGAACUUGAGCUCACAGUGAGCCAACUCGAGUCGGAUGGCGUCGCUGGCAGGAGAUCCAUGAGCCCAGCCCCUGGGUUGAAUGGAGGCCCUGCCACCCCUGUUCGUGCUGGUACACCUGUCGGUACAUUUUCGCCUAGGUCAUCCCGGGGCAAGGGUGGCCUCACUCUCACCCAAAUGUAUACGGAAUACGACAAAAUGCGAACACUACUGGCUGCAGAGCAAAAGACGAGUCAAGAACUCCGGUCUACAUUAGAUGAGAUGGUCCAGGACCUUGAAGCAAGUAAACCUGAGAUUGACGAGCUGCGCGUUGACCAUGCAAGGCUGGAAAAUGCCGUGGUUGAAAUGUCUAAUAUUCUCGAAACCGCAGGGAAAGAAAGGGACAAUGCUACGAAGGAAGCAAGGAAAUGGCAAGGCCAAGUGGAGGGAUUGGCUCGCGAAGGGGAUAUUCUUCGCCAGCAGCUCAGAGACCUGAGUGCACAGGUAAAGGUUUUAGUUCUGGAAGUGGCCGUUUUGAAGGAAGGUGAGGGUAGCUACGACAGAGACGAACUUGAGAAAAUUGCUCGCAAGGAAAUCGAGGACUCUGCUGCAGAUCUUACUCCUACGGGGCGCUUUAUCAGCCAGCACUUGAUGACAUUUAAGGACCUCCAUGAACUCCAGGAACAGAAUGUCACCCUCCGACGGAUGCUGAGAGAACUUGGCGAUAAGAUGGAGGGCGCUGAAGCUCGGGAGAAGGAUGCUGUCCGUCAACAAGAGCAGGAAGAACUGAAGGAACUGAGGAUCAGAGUCCAGACAUACCGCGAUGAGAUUGCGAACCUUGUUGCCCAGACAAAGAGCUAUGUCAAAGAACGUGACACCUUCCGGAGCAUGCUUACACGUCGGCGUCAGACGCUCGGCGAUGCUUCUGCUUUCUCUCAAUCUCUCCCUCUCGGCGCUGUACCUCCUGGUGCUGGUGACGAACCUAUGAAGGACGCACCGGAUUACGCCGAGCUACUGCGCAAGGUGCAAGCACACUUUGACAGCUUCCGCGAGGAGUCCGCCACUGAUCAUUCUGCCCUAAAGCAGCAAGUCAAUGACCUCUCAAGGAAGAACAGUGAAUUGAUGAGUGAAAUUAGCCGGUCCAGCAGCCAGCUGGGUGCUGCUACUCAGAGGGCAGAACUGCUACAAAGCAACUUUAGUAUGCUGAAGAGCGAAAAUGUCGAACUCCAAAAACGAUAUGCUACACUACUGGAGAAUGCAAACCGGCAGGAUCUAAAAACCCAACAAGCAGCCGAAGAUUUAGUGGAAACGAAGGGUCUUGUUGAAAGUCUCCAACGGGAGAAUGCAAACUUGAAGGCUGAAAAAGAUCUUUGGAAGAAUAUCGAGAGGAGGCUUAUCGAAGACAACGAGACGUUACGGAAUGAGAGGAGCAGGCUUGAUUCCCUUAAUGCCAACCUGCAGACAAUCCUGAAUGAGCGUGAGCACACUGAUUCAGAGAGUCGCCGUCGUCUGCAGCUUAGUGUCGAAUCACUUGAGUCGGAGUUGCAAUCAACUAAACGAAAACUCAAUGAUGAAGUUGAGGAAUCUAAGAAAGCGGCCUUGCGCAGGGAGUACGAGCAUGAGCAAAGUCAGAAACGGAUUGAUGAUUUGGUCACGAGCUUGGGAUCAGUCAGGGAAGAACUGGUUGCCACUAAGACUACUAGAGAUCACUUGCAGUCCAGGGUGGAUGAGCUGACUGUUGAACUCCGGAGCGCUGAAGAGCGCCUCCAAGUAAUGCAGUCUAGGCCUAGCGUCUCUGCCGCCCCAGCUGAGGCGUCUACAAACACGGAAGAGGGUACACAAGAGACUGGUUUGACACGUGAACAGGAACUGGGAAUCCAAGUCGCCGAGUUGAAGCGUGAUCUUGACUUGGCUAAGGGCGAGUUUGAACACGCCAAGGAACAAGUUGAGGACUAUAAGGCUAUCAGCCAGGGGGCUGAGGAACGCUUGGAAUCCGCCACGGAAACACACGAACAAUAUCGGGAGGAAACAGAACGCCUCGUUGAAGAGAAGGACAAGAAGAUUCAAGACCUUGAGAAACGGAUUGAAGAAAUUUCGACUGAGCUUUCUACCACAAAUAGUGAACUCUCUAAACUUCGUGACGAGCAAGGAGAUGUUGCCCGUCGUCUAGAGGAGCAGAAGACUGUUUUGGAAUCCGAGAUCACGAGGUUAAAAGAUGAGAAUGAACGCCAGCUUGCCGCAGCCCAAUUCCACCAGGCAGACCUGAAGGCUCAGGCCGAAAUUUCACAGCACGCCCAGCAGAAUUAUGAAAGCGAAUUGGUUAAGCAUGCCGAAGCUGCGAAGAACCUGCAAUUGAUUCGUUCAGAAGUGAAUCAGCUGAAGCUCGAGCUUGUUGAAUCCCGUACCCAAGUCGACACAUACAAGAAGGAUUUGGCCCAAAAGGAAGACAGUUGGAACGAGUUGAAAGUAAGAUACGAAAGUGAGAUAUCUGAGCUGCAGAAACGCCGCGAGGAAGUAUUGCACCAAAAUUCCUUGCUUCACUCUCAACUUGAGAAUAUCACAAACCAGAUAUCUGCUUUACAACGGGAUCGUGCUAACAUUCAUGAUACCGAGGAUGAAGGAGAAAACACCGCGCCCAAUUUGGAAGGCCUCCAGGAGGUCAUCAAAUUCCUGCGUCGUGAAAAGGAAAUCGUUGAUGUGCAAUAUCAUCUUUCAACUCAAGAGAGUAAACGUUUGCGCCAGCAGCUCGAGUAUACUCAGUCUCAGCUUGACGAGGCGCGGCUCAAGCUCGAACAGCAACGUCGUGCCGCUGCCGAUAGCGAGCAUACUGCUCUGAGCCAUAACAAACUCAUAGAGACCUUGAAUGAGCUUAAUCUUUUCCGGGAAAGCAGCGUCACAUUGCGUAACCAGGUUAAGCAGGCGGAAUCUGCUCUUGCAGAGAAGUCUGCACGUGUUGAUGAACUUGUGCAACAAAUGGAGCCCCUUGAAACGCGGAUAAGGGAACUUGAGAACGUAGUAGAGACAAAAGACGGGGAGAUGAAGCUCCUGCAAGCAGACCGGGACAGGUGGCAACAACGCACCCAGAAUAUUCUCCAAAAAUAUGAUCGUGUUGAUCCUGCUGAGAUGGAAGGGUUGAAGGAGAAACUUGAGGCUUUGCAAAAUGAGCGGGAUGAAGCUGUAUCAGCUCGCGACACCUUACAGGAACAAGCGGCUAGUUUCCCAGAACAACUGAAGACUGCGGAGGAUAGAGUGCAGGAGCUGCGCGCAAAACUUACCGAGCAGUUCAAAGCUAGGUCCAAGGAACUUACUGGCCGUAUCAAGGAUAAGCAGAUGGAGUUGAACACUGUGGUGCAAGAAAAGGAAGUCAUUCAAGAGGAGUUAAAGACAACUAAGGAAGAACUGAGCGGGUUGAAAGCCAAGCUGGCCGAGAAACCAGUUGAACCGGCUGUUGAAGAAAGACCUGCUGGGUCCGGUGUUGACUCAACACCUGCCUCUCAGUUCCCUGCACCAAUUACUCAACCCCCUGUUCCUAGUGAUGAUGAAAGAGUUAAAUCACUUGAAGAGAAGGUGAAGCGUCUGGAAGCUGCUCUUGCUGAGAAAGAGGCUGCAUUGGCGGAGAAGGACGCCGCCCUAGCUGCCAAGGACGCCGAGUAUGAGAACAAGGCUAAAGAACGCGUCGAGAAGCUGAAGGAGACCUUCAACAACAAGAUAGCUGAAGUCAGAACGGCACACCGACAAGAAAUAGAAAAGAUGAGGUCUAGUCAGCAAACCGUAUCGCAGCCACAAGAACCCGGCACUCCCGUGUCGAAACCCGACCAGGUUCCUGCAAUUCCUGCGACUCCCGCAAAGUUGGAAGGAGAACUACCACAACUCACCGAUGAACAAGCAAAGGCACUGGUUGCCAAGAACGAAACAAUUCGGACUAUCAUCCGCAACAAUAUCCGGUCCAUGCUUGCGAAGGAGAGAGAGAAGCAGGGAGCUCAGCCAUCGGCAGGCGUAAGUCAAGAAGCCUUGGCCUCCAUGGAGCAAAGAUUCAAUGAAGAGAAGGAAGCUUUGAAGAAAGCUCACGAGGAAGGCUUGGAAGAAAAGAUAAAGUCCGCCGUUGAGUUAUCUGACAAGAAAACGUUGGUUAAAAUCAGUAUGCUUGAUACCCGGUGCAGGAACGCACUUGCCAAGGUCGACGUUGUCCAGAAGGCGGCUACCGAGACUCCCCAGAAGCCUGUCAUCGAGGUGUGGGAAGUAGCCAAGGUGACUAAGGCUCCACCUCAAGCCCAAACGCCCAAGCCUGUACCGGCUGCGUCCCCUGCACAAGUUGCAUCACCCGCGCCAACACCUGCGGCAGCGGCAGCGGCACCGACGCCCUCACCAGCCCCGGUACCAACUCCCGGGGCUGCAAACCAGCAGAACCCCCCUGCAGAAGCUGGGUCUGAACUGGCGACUGCUCCAGCCACGGGACCUGCCCCAGCCGAUGUUCAGAGCCAAGCUGAUGGGCAGGAGCAGCAGCUCCAAACUGCCGAAGGUACUGUGCCGCCAGUAGCAAGCGCGCCUGUGAAUCCCUUCGGGCAAAGCCAAAAUCAGCAACCUGCCUCACUCCCCAGUAAACCUCCAACGGGUGCUAGUACGGGGGUUCUAAGAGCUCUUCAAUCCGGGUUGCCCGUCGCACGCGGUGGUCGACAAGGUGGGCGUGGUGGCCAUCAGCAGAACCCGUUUGGACCACAGACUCAGCAACAGCAACAGCAACAGCAACAUCAACAACAAGGCCAGAAUCAGCAGCAACAGCAGGGCCAAUCAUCCCAAAGCCAGCGUGGCUCCGGUCUCCCCCGAGGCCGCGGGGGACGAGGAGGCCAUGGCCGAGGUGGCAACCAGAAUGUUCAGACUGCGAACCUACCACAAGGGCAAGGACAGUCCAGCCCAGGAGGUGGGCGUGGUAAUUUGAAUGCUCACGCUCGCCAGUUCGUUCCACAGGGGAACAAGCGGGCUCGAGAUGACGGAGAGGGUACCAAUGAAGGGGUUGGAAAGAGAAUGAGAGGAGGUGGUCAUACCAGAGGUUCAUAAGGACCUUGUUUCAUUGUUAUUUUGUUUUUCAUUUUCAUUUUCAUUUUCUGUACCUCUAUGCCUGAAAUUCGUUUGAUUAAGGAUUGAAGCGUCUACGAACAUUCUAAAUCACAUUUGUAUGUCCCCUAGAGACAUUGCUGUCAAAAAAAGACUUAUUUAUUUCCUUUGUUCAAUUGACAAGAUACUGUAUUGUACCUGCUUGUGACUAGAUAAUUUGGCACAUAAUUGUAGUAUAACCUAUCUCUAACAGCGAGCCAUAUAUCAGAACAUAACGAUUUUUCUUUCAUAAGUCAAGCA